AUGGUCAAAAAGACUAUCGCGCUUCUGGCUUUGGCUGCCCCGACUUUUGCUGGUGUCAUUCAGGGACGUGGCGGAGAGCCCGAGGAGAAGAAGCCCAACUCCACCAAGAAGCUUGUUCUCACCACCGAUCCACCCCGCACCAUCACCAAGACCACUACCUAUGUGACUACUGAGUGCCCUGAGACUACCACUGUUGUCACCUCUGGCAACAAGACUCUUACGGUUCCUAUCACUCUCACCAACACCGUCACCGUGACCACCACUUGGUGCGAGGAGGAUGGGAAGACUAUCGUUCCUACUGGCAAGGAGCCAGUGCCGACUGGCGUGAAGCCCCAGCCUAAGUUCAACCCCACUGGCACU